CACCAUAUCCCUGCUAUCCACACUGCGUUCUCGCCAUGAAGGAGCCCGUGAAGAAGGACAUGCUGGCGCUAGCUUCAGCAGACAAGGAAGAGCAGUACGUGCACCAGGUUUAUAACGAAAUUGCCUCGCAUUUCAGCGACACCCGCUUCAAGCCCUGGCCUGUGAUCGCCCGCUACCUCAACGAGCUGCCUGCCGGCAGUUACCUGGGCGUGCGAACCGGCGACGUAUUUAUGAUGGGCACGGACCGCAGCGAGUCGCUGGUGGAGAUCUGUCGGCAGCGCAACUACGAAUGCAUGGUCAGUGACGGCUUGUGUUUGCCAUACAGGACAGGCGCGUUUGAUUUUGCCAUAUCAAUUGCUGUUAUUCACCAUUUCUCAUCGCCCGACCGUCGGCUGCAAGCAGUGAAAGAGCUGCUGAGGAUUGUGAAGCAAGGGGGCACGGUGCUCGUAACGGUCCGGCGCAAGUUUGAUCCAAGCACUCAGGAUGUUUUAGUGCCGUGGGUUGUUCCUAAAUCGAGAAAGCCAGAGUGUGAAGGAGCUAGUGAACCAACUGACGAUAAGGUCUACCACAGAUACUAUCACCUCUUCAAGGAGGGUGAACUCGACCAGCUAUUUGUGCAGGCUGGUAGCUGCGAGCUCGUUGAGAGCGGCUACGACAGGGACAAUUGGUAUGUAAUUGCUAAACGAAACUAGAUAUCGAAUAGAGUAUUGCAUAUCAUUAUACUUCACAUACUAAAAUGA